ACUAAUUUAUAUUAAAAAUUAUGAAAAUAAACUUUAUUUUCAACACCAACAUAAAAUUAAAAGUUCAGGAUUAAUUUAAUUAGAUAAUUGAUAAAACCUAAGUUAACUUCUUUUUUUUAUGCAAAUCAAUGAUGAAAAGGGUCUCUCUUCUUCUUCUUCUUCUUCUUUGCGUGCUUACUUUCAUCAGUUUUGACAUUGCUGAAUCUGCUUACUGCUACGACACUGGGAACUUCACUGCAAACAGCACGUAUGGUAGGAACCGCGACCUCGUUCUCUCUUCUCUAGCCUCUAAUACCUCAGAAAAUGGUGGUUUUUACAAUACCACCGUUGGUGAAGAUCCCAACAAAGUAUAUGCUCUAGCGCUUUGCAGGGGAGACCAAUCUGCAAAGGAUUGUUCUAGUUGUAUCGAUUCAAGGGUCCAGGAUCUCAUCACCAACUGUCCAAACCAAAAAGAAGCAAUUUCGUUGGGAGACUGUAGGAUACACUAUGCAAACCGCUCCUUUUUCGGAAUUCGUGAGGAAACUCCGAGUUUUCCAAUAUUGUACAAUGCGGCUGAUCUCACUGUAAAUAUGACACAGUUUGAUCAAAUUUGGGAGAGUUUAAUGGGUGGUUUAGUAACAACUGCUUCUGCUGGAACUUCUAGGCUUAAGUUUGACACAGGAGAAACAAAGUUAACACCAUUUCAAACAAUUUAUGCCCUAAUGCAAUGCAAUCCCGAUUUAUCUCAAAGCGAUUGCGAUUACUGUCUGAGCCAAUCCGUACUUAGCUACCAAAGAUGCUGCCGUGGGAAGCAAGGAGGUGUUGUUGAGAACCCAAGCUGUCUUUUCCGGUGGGAAAUAUAUCCAUUCUAUAACUCUCCACCUCCUCCACCUAGCAGUCCCCCUCCCGUUUCUAGCAGUCCUCCUGUUUCAAAUUCAAAUAAUACCAGAACCGCAAAAGACAACAGGCGAGUUGGUACACAAACUGUUAUAGUUGUUGUUGUUGUUGUUUCAACCACCGGUUUCAUGGCAAUUCUUGCCAUCACUUGUUUCCUUCUCCGAAAGAGAUGGAAGGCAAAGCAGGAAGUUAAGGGUGUGAAUGGCAAUGAAGGUGUGGAUGACAAUAUUAGUGCUGAGUCCUUGCGAUUUGACUUGGGCACAAUAAGGGUUGCCACUGAUAACUUUUCGAGCGACAACAAGCUAGGACAAGGUGGAUUUGGUGUUGUUUAUAAGGGAAAACUUAAAGAUGGACGAGACAUAGCAGUAAAGAGACUUUCUAAAAUUUCUAAACAAGGAGAGAUUGAAAUUAAGAAUGAAAUCCUAUUAAUGGCAAGACUUCAGCAUAGGAAUUUGGUUAGGCUCCUAGGUUUUUGCUUGGAAAUGAAUGAAAGGCUUCUCAUCUAUGAGUUUGCUCCCAACUCAAGCCUUGAUCACUUUAUAUUUCAUCCUGUCAAAUGUUUACUACUAGAUUGGAACCAAAGAUACAAAGUUAUAGAGGGAAUAGCUAGAGGGAUUAUGUACCUUUAUGAAGAUUCUCAAUAUCGAAUCAUCCAUCGUGAUUUAAAAGCUGCCAAUAUUCUAUUAGAUGCAGAAAUGAAUCCUAAAAUUUCAGAUUUUGGAAUGGCAAGGUUAUUUGUAGAGGAUCAAACGCAAGCUAACUCAAGUAGAAUUGUUGGAACAUUUGGAUAUAUGGCUCCAGAGUACGUGAGGAAUGGGAAUUUUUCAGUUAAGUCUGAUGUUUAUAGCUUUGGCGUACUAGUUCUUGAGAUUAUUAGUGGUCAAAAAAUCUAUCUCAGCAAUGGAGAAGAAGGGGACAAUCUUCUAGCUAAUGCAUGGAAAAAUUGGAUGGAAGGGACUGCUCUGAAUUUUAUAGAUCCCAUCUUAAGGGAUGGUUCGAGGAGCGAAUUGUUGAGAUGCAUGCAGCUAGGCUUACUAUGUGUUCAAGAAAAUGUUGCUAGAAGGCCAACCAUGGCCUCUGUUGUUCUCAUGCUUAGUAGCAAUUCUGUAUCUCUUCAAGUGCCCUCAAAACCAGCGUUUCUUAUGCACUCUAUCAUCGAGCUAGAGUCCAUAGCAUCUCAAUCCAGAAGAAGAUCCGCUGAUUUCACAGUGAAUGAGGCUACAAUAUCUGAUUUUGAUCCUCAAUAGAGUUUUUGAAUUGAGCUUUAAAUUGAUAGUGCUUAUGUGAAUCAUCAACAUUAUCUAGACUUUGUACUAUGUACCAGGUUUGUUUGUUUUAGAGAAUUCUAGUUUGAGCAGAUGGGUUCAUCAAUCGAUCUCAGACAUGAUUCUUUGUACUAAAAUAAUCCUUAGAACUGCUAGCUAGUUUUAGAUUCUCCAUGAUUUUACGUAUCGAGUACCGCUAAAUUAAAGGAAAUUUGGCAUCAGUGAUUGCGACUUCCUCUGUUCUGAUGAUGAUGGUACUUUUCCUUGUUAUUUUGUUUUCCAUUUUUGCUGUUGGCUCUGUUUGUCUUUUCCGUUGUAGAACCACUUUCACUGUACCUUGAUCUUUAAUGCUAACGAAAUGUUACUUUUGUUAAGAGGUUUUUUUUGACACAUUUCAUGACUCAUUCUGUAUGCAAAUUUAAGUAGUUUUCAUAGGUAAAUCUGCAUGUAAUUUUUUAUUGGAAUUCAUGUCAUUAGGUCGUAAUCAUAUGUGUAAUGAGAUUGAAAUGAUUGACCAAAUAUAAAAUCUUCCUUGAUCA